AUGUCUGAUAGAUUCUCCAGGCUUAUAAUAUGCUCGCCAUAUGUCUGGAGUUCCACCUUUCAUAACAUGUUUCCGGACGGUGUGUUUCCAACCGCUUGGAAGGAAGCCACUGUAAUACCUAUUCCGAAAUCUGGUCCCAAGCAACUGAUAGAAAAUUAUCGACCUAUCAGUAUACUAUCAGUGCUAGCAAAAGUAUUUGAGAAAAUCAUCUGCAUACACAUUACUUGGCACACGAAACAAAUGUUAGGCGGACAACAACAUGGCUUUGUAGCCAAGCGACCAGUGGCUACUAACUUGGUAUCUUUUGUUGAACAGCUGUUGUCACAUAUGGGUUCGGGUGAGGAAGUAGAUGCUAUUUAUGGGGAUUUAAGUAGGGCGUUUGAUAAAGUGGACCAUAAUUUACUUCUUAGAAAAUUAAAAAAUCAAUUUUCUAUAAAUGGCUCGGUGUUGCUGUGGUUCAGUUCCUACUUAAAAAACGACAAAAUGAGGGUAGUACUAAAUGGUUUAUAUGCUGAGGAUCUAAAAAUAUUUAGAGUCGUACAGAAUGAAUUUGACGAGGAGUUCUUGCAGAGGGAUGUUACUGGUGUUGCUCAAUGGUGUAAAAUUAACUAUAUGACUAUGAAUAUUGACAAGUGUGUACACAUAAAAUUCUGUAGAAAACGUAAUAAAUACAAUUCUGGGUACCGUAUUGAUAAUAAGAAGUUGAAAAGAGUUGAGGAACUAAGAGAAUUAGGUAACAAUUUCGAUGGAUCGCGAGCGCAAUGGGGAUGGCAGAUGAGUCAAACUGGACCCGGCACGGUGGGUCAUUACUUCGUCCAGUUACCAGAGGCCGUACAACAAGUCCGGUACAUAGCCGACGGCAGCGGCUACCACGGUGCGGUCGCCGUCACCACCAGCGACCAGCAACACAUACAUACCACCAACUUCGCGCUGGGAGAACGCGCUGUCGAACUUAAUGCUCAGAUACCUAACAUAUAUCAAAAUUCGGCGUCAAACAGGACACAGCUUAACUCAAACGGUAAUCAACAAGCGCAAACUCCCAUCGACAUAUAUCUUCUUCAACAACAGUAUCCCCAAGGACAAUUCUUACAGAUACUGCCAAAUAGCCCACAAAAUUUCUUACAAAUAUCGCCAGUACCUAACUUUUACUACACUGAUAAUGGGCCUAAGCAAAUUUAUUACAGUGGCAAUAUAGACCAUAGCUUGAAUAAUAAUAAAGAAAAUUCAGGACAUAAAGAUAAAACAACUCCAUUAAAUAGUGAAGGCAAUGAUGAAAUCAUCGAAACUAGAGAAAAUGGACCUGUUGUAAGAGUUUUUAAAGAUCAUAAAUGCUCUAACGAUGAAAAUGUAAAUAACCAGGAAUAUGCAACUAAUUUACAAAAAACACCUGAUCUCGUCGGAGAUGUACCUAAUUACAAAGAACGUAACAUUCACGGUGAUUUUGGAGCUCGAGAGUCUGGUAACAAACAGAUAUAUCAAAUAGAAUCUAAUUACAAAAUCGAUCCAAGCGAUAGAAGCGAAAGAUUUUAUUAUUCCACGGAAAUAAGUCAUCCUACAACAAUCAAACCUAUUUCUUAUUCUGGACACGAAGGUAUAUCGCGGUUAGUAGCUUCGACCCAAGAUUUGAUAUCUAAUGAAGAUCUCUUAAGAAUAAAUCACGCUGCCGAAAAAGUAGUAAACAGUCAUACUGAUGAUAUCAUUAAACCUAGGCGUAAUCCCAAUGCAAGAAAGUUAAAUUACUACAAUCAUGUUGAUAUUCCUAGACAAAGACUAACUGUGACAGCAAAGUAUGGAAACAUUGAUGACAGCGAAAGAAAUCAACCACUGAAUAUAAGAGAACAAACACAUGAAACGACUAAUGAAUAUAGAUUCGCAUCACCUAUCGUUGUUGAAGAUAUUAAUUACGGUGAUUACAAACAAAAAAUAGUUAACAAUUUGAUGUCAACAAUGGUACCGUAUAUAGAAAAUGGUUACGGAAUUGUGGAUGUCCGAAAUAAUUUAAAUGAAAACAAUACUUAUAAUGAAGAAAAUAAAUCCGGAGAGGAUUUAGUUAAUAUAACUCCACGGCCAGUAAGCCAAAAUUACCUAACACCUAUCACAGUCGCCUUAAGACUACUUAACUCGAAUGACACGGAUUUAUUUAACACUGUUGAUGAUCAUGAAACAUCUAAUAGUGAAUUUGUUUCCAGCACAGUAGAGAGUCCAAGGCGCGGUAAGCACCACAAAACUAUAGUUGAAAUACAAAAGUCAAUACCAGUAGAAAUUACACACAUAAACGACGUCGAAUAUCAUGAAUAUUUAGAUGAAGGCAGGAGCAACAAAGAUAAUCCAACAGGUCUGAUGUCAUCGCUGUACUAUAAAUACAUAGAAUCUUUAGAUUCAGCAAAAAAUAAUGAAAAUACUUAUCACAAUAAUAAUCAACAAAACAGUAACGAGGAGAGUAGUAAUACAGAUUCAAAUGAAACCUCAGAAUCAAAUGAGAAUGUCGAAGCAGAAGUACAAGCACAAGCAAGUUCGGAUAACAGGAAUUCAUACACAAAUUACUAUGAUUCGCAAAAUAAAUUAAUUCAGCCUAUUAUUAUUGAAAAGCAAGUCCCAGUUCCUACAUAUGUGGAUCGUUUCAUUGAGAAGCGAGUACCGUAUCCCGAGCCAGUUGAAGUUCUCAAGCAAGUACCAAUAGACCGACCAGUACCUGUACCUGUGCAUUAUCAGACAAUAGUCGAAAAACCUGUAGAAGUCACAAGAUACGUUGACAAACCCUACCCAAUAGAAGUUCUAAAGCCAUACCCAGUCGAAGUUAGAGUACCGUAUCCAGUAGAACACAAAGUAUAUAUUGAUCGUCCAGUACACAUACCUUUUCCAGUCGAGAAGGUCGUCGAAAAACAAUUAAUCCAUCCCGUUCCCGUACCAACUCCAGUUGGGGUUCCAGUCGGAAUCCAGGUUCCAGUAGAAAAGGAAGUACUAUACCCAGUUCCCAUUGAAAAACCAGUACCUGUAGCUGUUCCAAUUGAGAAACCUGUCCCUGUUGAGAAAAUUGUAGAAAAGGAGGUCCCAGUACCUUAUCCUGUCGAGAAAAAGGUACCAUAUCCAGUCAGGCAUGAAGUUAAGAUUCCAGUCCCGUAUCCGGUAGAGAAAAGGGUACCGUAUCCUGUUGAAAAAAUUGUCGAAAAACCAGUAACAGUAACUAAAUAUGUUGAAAAACACAUUAAAGUACCCGUACCUCAUCCAGUGCGAGUUGAAGUGCCUAGACCUUAUCCCGUAGAACGGAUAGUCGAGAAAAAGGUGCCUUACCCCGUUCAUAUUGACCGUAUUGUUGAGAAAAAAGUUCCUGUACAAGUCCCUUAUCCUGUAAAAACGGUCGUAGAAAAGAUUGUCGAAAAACCAGUAGUAUUCACGAAGUAUAUCGAAAAACCUUAUCCAGUCGAGAAACGUGUACCGUAUGCGGUUGAAAAAAUCGUAGAAAGGAAAGUACCUUAUCCCGUUCACAUCCCAGUUGAAGUUAAAGUUCCGUAUCCCGUCGAAAGAGAUCAAAAACACGCACACCAAUCCGAACCGUAUCGAUUUGAAAAAGCCGAACCGACAACGCUUUACAGUUACGGGAUCACCCAAGAAGCUCUAUCUAAUGUAGCGAAUUAUUUGAGAUACCAACAAGAACAAUACAAGCAACCUAUUCCAAACUAUGUAAAAAGCGAUAUUGAAAGCUACAGCACGCAGCAUCAAGCCGAGUCACAGAGAAAUUAUCAAAUACAACUCGCUAAUGCUCAACUUCUGAAAAACGUGCAAAACGCAACACCAGUUCAAACAACACGAUGGGGUAAUCAAUACGCGUCUUCGUACAACUAUUUGAAUUCAACCGCUGAUAACAGACAUGUAACAAACAAUAACGUUCAAGAUAACAGUAAAUACUACGGUCCACCGCCUUUGAGAAACUAUAUCGAUCAAUGGGAAAAGAAUAAGGAAUACACGGACAGAAUAAGACGGACGGAAAGAACGCCAAAAGUAAUAAGUAAUUUGAGAAUAGAAUAUGGUUUUAAGCCCCCACUAAUUCCAAGCACAGAAGUCGAUAUAAAUGGAAUACCGAUCAACAAAAAAGAAUAGCUUUAAUUAACUUAGAACACGAAAUUAAUUUACAGAAUAUGAAGAAAAAAACACGCAAGUCGAAUUACAAUAUCAUAAUUGCCAAAAUACAUAAUCUACGAAAUUUAGCUUUAUUUUAAUAGUAUUAAUUAGUCGUAUAAUGUAUAAGUUAAUUAAAUUAUUUUAUUAUUAGGAAUACGAACAAAUAAUUUUGUAACGGUGAUAUUUAUAAAAAUAAGCUUUAUAAUAGGAACGUGUACUGAAAUUAUUGUUAUAAAAGUUGAAAUUAUUAAUUGUGUUAUUAUUUCUGGUUUUAUAUUGUAUAUAUUUUGUUUCAAAAUAUAUAUUUUUAUAAGACACGUUUGUUACGUGAUAGCUUUAUGAAUGAUAUACAAAUAUUUCUAGUAAUAUUACAUGUAAAACUGUUUUUUCUUAAUAAUUUAUACAAAUUGCAACCUCUUUCAAGAGCCAUA